CGACGAACGUCAUACGCGCGUUACGUAAGAGAUCAAACAUGAAACAUGAUUAAAGGGGAGUUUACGUUAACUAAUCAGUUAUUUUAAUCGAGUUGUUAUUUUCAGUCAUCGGUUUCAUUCAUCGCGUGAGCUUUAGGUCUGUUAUGGAUCUGUUGGUUUGUUAAAAAUCAGAGUUUAAACAGAAAAACAGCGGAGGGCGAGCGCUCACAAAUACAGGAUGAAGUUGCAGUGUGAUGUGGAGGUUGUUAAUCGGAUGUUACCAACUUUCGGUAUGAAGAAUAAAGGCAAACCCAGUCGAGCAGUUUUAUCCAUCGGCAAACAUGUGGACAAAAGUUCCCAGAACAGCAGUUUGUAUUUACUGAUCUGCACUGCCAAAGACAGAAGCGGAUCCAAGUACAAGCUGAAGGAGAAUAUUGAAAAGUUUUUUACGUGGUUUGUUGAAGAGGGCAAAGCUACGGUUCGACUCAAGGAACCGGCUGUUGACAUCUGUUUGAGUAAAGCUGAUAUCAAUGGCUUGAAAAACUUUCUCUCUGCUGCCCGCCUUGCACAUCGGGGAAGUGACACGGACACCCUCACUCUGUCCACCCUAACGCCGGCCCGGGCCAGAGAUGUUGAAAAACCUAAAAAGAAGCUCACCAUCUUGUCCAAGAAAGACUAUCCGCUCACAUCCAACUUCCCUUAUUCCCUGGAGCAGCUGCAGGUGUCCUAUUGCAAGCUGUCAAGAGUGGACAUGCGCAUGCUUUCGCUCAAAGCUUUGCGCAGGUUGGAUCUCAGCAACAAUCACAUCAAGAAGUUGCCGUCCACCAUUGGAGACUUGAGCUUUCUCGCUGAAUUAAUUCUUCACAAUAAUCAUCUGGAGAGUUUCAGCGAUGCUUUGUGUGUCUCAACUCUGCAGGCAUCUCUUCAGCAUCUUGACUUGAGCCAGAACCAACUAAAGGUUCUGCCUGCUCGCUUCUGCCAGCUGCAGGAACUAGUGAACUUAAAACUGGACGAUAACAAACUAGUACGACUCCCUUUUCAAAUCGGGCAACUCGCAAAGAUGCGGUUCCUCUCUGCUUCUCAUAACCAGCUCACUGUGCUUCCCGGAGACUUCAGAAAGCUGAGUCUGGAAAACUUGGAUCUGUUCGGUAACCCGUUUACUCAAGCUAAUGCUCUCGAACACACGAUCCAUCUCACGUUCCCGCUGGCGCUACAGGAGCUGACGCUGCGUGCUGUGGUUAACCAUAGAAUCCCGUAUGGACCUCAUAUCAUUCCCUUUCACUUAUGUCACGAGUUGGAAUUCUCUAAAACGUGUGACUGCGGCCGAGCCUGCGUGAACUCUUACAUCCAGACCGCUGUCAGUAUGAACCUUCAUCUGGUGUCUCACACUGUGGUGUUAGUGGACAAUAUGGGCGGCACAGAAGCUCCUGUGCAGAGACAUUUCUGCUCGCUUUUGUGUUACUGUGAGUUCAUGGACAAGUGUGUUCAGCAUGGCCUGAGAUGAUGUUUAGUCUUUGUUUUUAUGUUUCUUCAUAGUAGCAGUGAUGUUUUGUGUGUCAUCUUUGUUGAAGGUGCGCAGAUAUCAUCCAGCGAGCAACAGCUUGUGUUUUUCAGUGUUUGUUUUAUUUUUUUCUGAUUCAUGUUUAGGAGAUCCUCCAUCACAAUAAAUGUUGCUAAACAAAUAAAACUUAUUCAACUAA